AGUAAUGUAGUGUGGGCGUAGUAUAUUAAUUAGGGAUAGUUAGGGGAUGAAUAUUGGGUGUAGAGGAGAGAGGAUGAAGGGAAGCAACAAGAAGAAGACGGAGCAGGAGAAGAGAGACGAUGAAGUUGAAGAACUGUUGCAAGCAGCGCAAGAUCAAAUCCUCUUAAAUCUCUCUCACUCUCACAUCGCACGUGCUUCUCCUUCUCCUUCUCCUUCUCCUUCUCCUUCCGCUAAUACCGAUCUGGACCUGGACCUGGAGCGUCGAUUCCAGGCCCUCAAAAUGAAAGCCCAAUCCAUUUCUCCUCCUCAGCCUCAGCAACACGAUCUCUCCGCCAGAUUCGAUGCUCUCAAAGCCAAAUCAUCACCUUCUGCCGCCCCAACAACCGUCACUAUCACACCAUCCGAUUCCGCCACCGGCUACCACCAAGAAGAAGAAAGCGAAGAUGAAGAGACUCAAGUUCAGAAACUCAUCCAGUGGGCUAAGGAUGCUGCGCGUCUCGAUCCUUCUCCGCCCUCUGAUGACGACUCUGAUAUCUAGAAACCUAUCCAAUCCGAUUCAUUGAAUUGCUAUGUUACUGUGCGAAUUCGUAUAUACAAAUGUUACUGUUACUAUGUUACGUUCAAGUUAGUUAGAUACUUGGAUACUUAGGUUUAACCGCAUCUCUCUCAUUUGCUUUCAGUUACUUUGUUAGAUUCGUUAAAAUUCGUUACUUGCUGUAUAUAAACUAAUACUUCACCGAUGAGAUAAAAUACCAUUUGGGUAUUUGAAAUUGUA